UUAUUUGCGAAUCGUGUGUUUAUUCAGCUUUUCCUUCACAAACUUACCUUAAUCACCCUAAAAUCUCAUUUAUCGUAUCGUUAGUCGUAAGUAGAGGGUCCAAGCUAUGUCACUGUGAUGCGAAAUAGUCCAGAAAGCGCCCCAGAAAGCGGUGAAGUUUAGUUUUCAAUUGGACUCUUUCGUGACUUUCUACAGAGAGUUCAUUGCAAAACAAUAGACUUCACAGAUUUAUCAACUUUUCCCCCGUUGAUUAGCUGCACAAACUGUGCCAGAGACAGAAGAUCAUGACCCCAAAAGUGGCUUCUUUAUGCUAGCCAAUGUGAAGUGAAGGUCCAAUUUGUCAGUAUUGAUUCUUGGACGUUGUUAACAUUGGUUUUCCCAUAAAGAGGCCGACUCGUCAAGGUGGCCAUUUUUCACUGAGAGCAUUUCUGUGCGAUAUUUGUGGCUUGGAAAGGCAUUUAGCGCCGGCCGGAAGUUGUGGCGAUGGACGGCGAGUGUCCCUACAAGAAGGUGAAGCUGAAUCACGACGUGGAGAAUGAGAGUGAACUGCGCAAGUUUCAAGUGUUGGACGAACUCGCAGAGGCUUCCGGAUCUGACGAUGAGGGAUCCAAGUCCGAGGGGGAGGACGACGAGAGCCAGUCGGAGCUGGAGGACGAGGAUAUCGAGAAUCUGCUGGACGCCGGGCUGCCGGAAGAGCUGCGCAACAAGAAGAAGCAGUGCCAAUACGAGGAGCGCUCGAAGAUUGUGCUAGAGGAGAAGGGGCGCAACCACUUCGAGGUGCUGCCAGAGGGAUGGGUGCAGGUGACACACAACAGCGGCAUUCCGCUGUAUUUGCACAAGGCUUCGCGCGUGUGUUGCGCCUCCAGGCCGUACUUCCUCGGACCGGGGAGUGUCAGGAAACAUGAAAUUCCCUUAAGCGCCGUGCCCUGUUUGAACUACAUGAAAGCUCUGGAGAAGGAGGCUGAAGCAAAGCUGGGCUUGAAGGUGGAACCUACCGGUGAAACCAAUGGGCCGGUGAACGGGCAUGAACUUCUGCCGCUGCCCAAUGCCAAGAUUGAGACGGUGAAGGAGAAUCUGAAGGCGCAGUCUCUGACUUCAGUGCAAGUCACUGAAUACUGCCAGAAACUUUUCCACUUUAAGACGAUCAAGGUGAGGCGCUUCAAGUCCUGGUCGGCGCGAAGGAAGUUCACGAAGAACAAGAAGCAGAUCAAGAAUCUGCAGAGGCCAACUCUUCCGGACGGCACGAAGCUGAUCACAUUUCCGGUGCUGAACACCGAAGGCGAGAAUCCGAAUGCUGUACGCACGAAGAAGGAGUGGAUUAUGAAUCCGAACGGGAAGAGUUAUGUUUGCAUCCUGCACGAGUACGUUCAGCAUGCGCUCAAGAAGCAGCCGUCGUACGAGUUCAAGGAGCUGGAGAAUGCGGCGACGCCUUAUUCGGCCACCGUGGCUAUCAAUGGGCUGAAGUACGGCACUGGAUAUGGGACCAGCAAGAAGCAGGCGAAAAGCGAGGCUGCGCGUGAGACACUCGAGAUUCUCAUUCCGCAGAUGAAGGACAAGAUCACGGGCGACAAGGAGAAGGAGAGCAGCGCUUCGUCGUCCAGGAACUAUCAUGACUUGUCUGUGUUUGACGAGAUCAAGAUUGAAGAUCCGCGCGUGGCGGAAUUCUGUGCCAAGACCACUGAGCCAUCUCCGCAUGCAAUCCUGCUCACGUGCCUGCAGAGGAAUUUCGGCCUGGGCGACGUGCAGAUUCAGUAUGAGAUCAACAAUGUCAACCACAAGAAGAAUGAGUUCAAGAUGAUCGUGGGCAAGCACUCGGCAUCGGUGGUGUGCAAGAACAAGCGGGAUGGGAAGCAGAGAGCGUCGCAAGCCAUUUUGCAGAUUCUGCAUCCGCACAUCAAGACGUGGGGCAGUUUGUUGCGUUUGUACGGCAAUCGCAGCAUCAAGAGUUUCAAGGAGAAGAAGCAGGAGGAGCAGGAAAUUACGGUACUGCAGAGCAAGGCGGCUAUCAAUCAACCUAACUACGCCAUUCUGGACAAGUUGAAGCUGGAAAUGACGAAGCUGAUGGAGCGAGACGCCGCCGUGAAGCCAAUUGGAACCUUCGUUCCUCCAACGGACGUCGGUUUGCCAACGGCAACUGGCUCUAAUCUAAAGAAUGUGGACUUAUAGCUUUAGAAUAUGUCACAGAUGACCAAAUUUACAGC